AUGCUGAAUGAGAGAGCCCACCACACGGGCUAUCAACUGCCUCUAGCAACGCACUCUCCUCUCCCCCGUUCCUCGCCCCUGCCCUACACCCACCCUCGCUCCCCUCACUCCCCCCACUUCUUGCCUCCCCACCUCGCCUGGCACUUGCCUACAUGCCCCUGUUCUUGCUCCUGCUUCCGCCGCGAAGCACCACCUGUUGCCUCACAGCCCACCCACAAGCAGCAGCCGUUUCAGAGCCGGCCUCAAGAGCCGCACAUGCCUCCUUCCACUGAUGCAGGUAACACCUGCUCCCUGCCCAUGCCGCUCUACCCGCAUGCCUGCCCGUUCUCCUCCCCGCAUGCACGGCAGCCGCGCGCCUGGACUCGAAAGCGUGCACACGCACAGCUAGCCCUGGAGGAUCAUGCACGUGCAGAUGCAGCAAGCAUGGGAAGAACAGCGAGAGUAGUGCUUGCAUCAUCGCCAGUCACGGCUGCAUGGCACCCAGGUGGAUCGGCUAUGGGAGCAACAGAGGUAACAGAGGAAGCAGCAGGAGCCAGUGCAAUGGGGCCAGCAGCUAGUGUAGCAUUCACGCGUUUCCAGCUCGCCUCCCUCUCCUCUCCCAGGGUAGCAGCAAGGCUGUACUCUCACAGCAGCAGCGGCAGCAGCGGAGGGGACUCAGCCGGACCCACAUCCGUCCACACCUCCCCGCUCUACCAGUUUUCCGCUGCUGCUCAACCCUCCACUCACGCUUCUCCCGCUGCCGCCUUCCGCCCUCCCUUCGCCACUGCCGCUGCCGGCGCCCCGCUUUCCUGGUCCAGGGCGCAUGGGCGGCCGCUGAGAUCUCUUCCCCUUACUGCUGCUGCUCCUGCGCUGCCCGCACGCCUUGCUGGGGGGAGGGCUCUUGGGGCGUUUGAAUCAGGCGCUUCUCACAGCGUGCAGAGGGGCCUGGGAGGGCAUUAUGCGCGGUGGACGUGGGAGGAGGGGGCGAAUGAGAGGGAGCACGAGCGGCGGAAUUACUUUCGGGAGAUGGAGAGGCGUGCGAGGGAGUGGGAGGAGGUGGCUAGGAGAGGGAGGGAGGGAGGGGGUGAGGGGGGAAGGCAAGAGGGUGGGGACGGGAUGGAGUGGGUGAUGGGUGUGGAGGGACGGCGUGAGGGUGGGCUGGAGGGAAGAGAGGAGAUGGGUGAAGGGGAGGAAGUUGAGAGACAGGAGGGUACAUGCACAGGAGAACCAGCAGCAGCAGCAGCAGCAGCAACAGCAGCAACAGCUGUCGCAGCAACAGCAGAGGAGGAGGAGGAGGAGGUGGGGGUUGCGGUCGGGGAGCGGGAGACGGAAACGGCAGCAGAGCAAGGCGAAGAGGGAAGUGCAGGAGAAGUAGGGCGACUAAGGGAGGGCUGGUUACAAGUGGAGACAGGUGCAGGAGAUGUGAGCAGAGAGAGUGUGCCUGGUGUUGGUGGUGUGCCUGGUGUUGGUGGUGUGCCUGGUGUUGGUGGUGUGCCUGGUGUUGGUGGUGUGCCUGGUGGUGUGGCUGGUGGUGUGCCUGGUGUUGGUGGUGUGCGUGGUGGUGUGGCUGGUGGUGUGCCUGGUGGUGUGGCUGGUGGUGUGCCUGGUGUUGGUGGUGUGCGUGGUGGUGUGGCUGGUGGUGUGCCUGGUGGUGUGGCUGGUGGUGUGCCUGGUGUUGGUGGUGUGCGUAGUGGUGUGGCUGGUGGUGUGCGUGGUGGUGUGGCUGGUGGAGUGCCUGGUGUUGGUGGAGUGUGUGGUGGAGUGCGUGGUGGAGUGCGUGGUGAGGGGAGAGAAAUCGAGCCAGUGCGUGGCGGGCAGGAGGGGGGUCGUGCGUCCCCUCCUGACGCCAUAUCCCUCUUGGACGUGCAUAGGGAAAAGAGGGGGGAGGAGGAGGAGGAUGCAGGUAAGCGGGCAGAAGAGGGGGCGGUGGGUGGGCGUGGGGUAGCAGUGAGUGGGGAUGAAGGCACGCAAAUCGGUGGUGGGGAAUGGGCAAGGGGGGAGGAGCAAGGCGGCGGUGGUGGUUCGAGUGGAGAGAAGGGCUUAGGAGGGAGGUUGGUGAGAGGCAGGAGAGAGGAAACAUGGGUGCAAGUGGAGGAGGUUUUGCAUUUGAAGGGAGUGGAGGAGAAGGUUGAACGAUGGGAGAUGCAAGGGCAAGGCACAGGAGACGUGGCAGGGCAAGGCAGGGGUGACGUGGCAGGGCACGGCAGGAGUCAUGUGGAAGGGUGGCUUGGCAAGGCAGCAGCACUGGGACAAGGCAUGGUUGCAGCACGGGUAGGGUGGGGUGAGACGGCUAUGGAGAAUACACAGGAGAGAAGCGGGGAAGCUGGAGAUGGUGCAAGAGAGAGGGGGAAGAGGGCGAGAGACGAGGGACAGAGGGGUGAAGGGGCUGGAAAAGCGCAGACACUGAGAGGUGGGGCGGGUGGUGGAGAGAUGGGCAUGGGUACGCAUGGAAGCAUGCUGGCAGAGGGGAGAGUGGAGAUGGGUGGCGAGGGGGAAAGAGAGCGCGCCAGACGAAGGGUGCACGGAGCAAAAGGGGCGGCAGCAGCACACGACCCCAGAAGGGGGGAAGAGGCAGAGCAAGAGGCGCAGGCAGUGGGUGCAGCGGGUGCAGCGGGUGCAGUGGGUGCAGCGGGUGCAGCGGGUGCAGCGGGUGCAGCGGGUGCAGCGGGUGCAGUGGGUGCAGCGGGUGCAGUGGGUGCUGCUCCCCCGCGCUUCACCAGCAAAGAGGGCGCUGCACUGGCUGAGCAGGGCCAGAGCACAGAGGCCCCACCCGUGCCCCGCCCACCACAGAGACCUCUCUCCGUGGCAUCUCCCCAGGAUCCCAAUGCUGCUGCCCAUACCUGUCCAGAGCAAACCGUUGCCCCGUCCCCGUCGUACCCGCCGUGCCUUGUACCAGCACACACCCUCCACGACCUCAUGGUCAUCCGCGCGCUGCACUCCUCUCUGCUGCGCCUGCCGCGCGACUCCCUGGGCACGGCCCUGGGCAUGCGGACCAGAGAAGGGCAGCUCUCGUCCCUCCCUGCGAUUAUCGUGUUUGUGUCCUGUAAGGUGCACCAGUUGUGGGUGCCGGACGGCCAGAUGCUGCCACGUCAGCUUGUGGGGCCCACAGGGGUGGUCUGUGACGUGGACGUGGUAGAGUUUUGCUACACAGAUGCCCCUGCUGCUGCCACGUAUGCUGCUCAGGCGUCCCCUCCCACUUCUGCUACCCCUUCUCCUCCUCCUUCCACUGCUGACCUACAUGGGGAGAUAGACAUUUCUGUCAUGGCUGCUGCUCCUGAUGCUCGUAUUGGUACUGGUGCUGGUUUUGCUGAUCCAGAGCCCAGCAGAGAGCGCGUGUGGAGCGCAAGGGAGGGCGCGGGAGGGGCAGGCGCGGGGCACAGGAGGGCCGGGCGCAGCAGAAGAGCAGCACCAGCAGUAGCAGUGGUGGAAGAAAUGAAAGGGGCCGCAGGGGACGUGGGGCCAGGGUCGCAGGUAGCAAGCGAGGGCACGUACGGUACACUGACAGCGGUAGUGGUGAGCACAAGAGGAGAGCGUGCAGUGGGAGUGCUGACAAACAGACACGUGGCAGUGGAUUUCAACCAGCCGCGCCAGGCUCUGCACCACCCGCUGCCGCCUAGUAGGGGCCCAGGCGUGCUGCUGGGGCUUGUGGAGCGGGCGGCUUCGUUCACUUCGGAUAGCGCGUGGUACAGCAUGUUUGCCACGCCCAACACUGAAGCGUACGUGCGGGUGGAUGCAGCGUUCGUGCCGCUGCACCGGUCGCUGGACACGAGUAUUAUCACACCAGAGCUGCGAGGGCUGGGCGCCAUGGGGCAACCCUGCGCCGUCUCAUUGCAUGAUGCCAUCGGGUCCCUCAUCAACCGCCCUGUCUGCAAGAUAGGAGCGACAUCGGGCGUGACGCACGGGCGCAUAAUGGGGUACGCGGUGGAAUAUAACGACAAACGCAGCCGUACCCUUUUCACCGACUUCCUCAUUCUCGGCGAGCAAGGACAGCCGUUCGAUCAGGAGGGCGACAGCGGCAGUCUCAUCCUGGCAAUGCCAAACCGUGAAGGUGAUUCGACGGACGGCCGUGAUCGCACGGAUGGCGACAAUGUGCUUCGACCAAUCGGCGUGAUUUGGGGGGGCACGGCGAAUCGCGGGCGGCUCAAACUGCGGCGGGGGCAUGUUCCGGAGAACUGGACAAGCGCGGUGGACGUGGGGAGAUUGUUGCGACUGCUUGACCUGCAAAUGAUCACGACAUCGGAAGAAUUGAGAGCUUUGCUGGAGCACCCUGGUGUUCAGGACUUCAGCAUGCAAAGGAUGACGUAA